AGUGCUGUAGGAUUGUAACAUUUCAUCGAAGUCCGUUUUUCUCACAAGAUAUUGCGAUUAUAACUAGUGUACUGCCUAUGUAUUGCGCUCUAUAACGCUACAUGUGCUGUGUAUUUCGCCGAAGUGAUUUUGAAAUUAUGUAUUUUUAGAUGUUGUUUUGCAUUAUUUGCACACAACACGAUUAAAAUUGUCGUAAAAAAAUAUAAUGUCUGCCAGAUCCACAACUUGGCCCCAACGCCAUCGUCUCAACUCUCAAUGUUGGAGCCAAUACCAUUUUCUGUAUCCACACGUUAGUCGAGAGGAAUUGGGACCAAAUUUGGCACCAACGUGUAGAGUCUGCCUAAAUGCCUGUUCAUACUGUGGCCCGUAUUUAUAUCACACACAAGUCACAAAUUAUUUUUCCCCGUCCAUUGACGCGACCUUGCAUCGGUGUUCUAGUGACGUCAUCGUUUGGUCGAUAUCUAGAUGCUCGUUUGUUAUUAACCCAAUAGUUGAUUUGGGACCGCCCCGUGUGAUCUCAAUUUCGGUACAUUUAUUUGUCUAGAAUAAUUAUUAUGAAGCUUAGAAAGUUUGUAUUUUAACUAGAGUUAAUUUAAAGAGUUUUGGAUUAUGAGAAAAUCAUCGAUGUAAAGUUUAGUUCUGGUUUGUGAUUGUGUUUUGUUAUUUCGACGCAUGCGCCGGUUGGUUGAAGUGACUGUGUAAUUAAAAACUCAAAUGUACACUGUUUCAAGUGAAAAUGGCUAAAGCACAAAUAAUUUUAUGUGUUUUGGGAGUAAUUUGUUGUGCGGAUGCGUACAAAAUAUUAGUGGUUUUCCCUUUUCCAAUUCGGAGUUUGAACAAUUUGGGAGAAGGGUACGUUAGACACCUACUAAAGGCCGGGCAUGAGGUUACCUUUAUCACAGCAUUUCCUCUGAAAAAUGAGAAAAAUGAAAAGCUUCGACAAAUCGACAUCAGCAGCAACCAGCAAUUAAUGGUGUCAGGAGAUUCUACCUUCUCUAUCAAAAGUGUAAUGGAUGGUCAAAUACCGAUAAACGAUGUCAAAAUGAUGCAAGAGUUCGGACUAUAUUCCAGUAUUAAGAUGUUCGAACAUGAAAACGUGAAGAAGUUCUUAGAAGACACAAGCCAGCAGUUUGAUGCUGUGAUAGUAGAUCUGUAUGAGACGGAAAUAUAUUCUGGAUUAUCAGCUCUCUACAACUGCCCAAUGAUCUGGAGUUACUCUAUGGGCGCGCACUGGUUGGUUCUUCGACUGAUAGAUGAGCCGACAAACCCUGCCUACUCCGCCGACUACUUGUCAUCCAACGUGCUGCCUUUCACCUUCAAACAAAGGCUGGAGGAACUGUGGGCGCAGAUCUUAUGGACCUGGACGAAAUGGACAAGCACAAUGCCAAAAGAGAAGGAAGCCUUCGCGAAGUUCUUCAAACCACUGCUAGAGAACCGUGGACGUACAUUACCAGAUUACGACCAGCUCAUAUACAACGCUUCUUUGAUCUUCGGCAAUGAGCACCACGCUUUUGGAAACAUACCAAGAACGCCGCAGAACUUCAAAUUUAUUGGCGGGUUCCACAUCGAGAGCCCUGCCAAGCCGUUGCCAAAAGAUUUACAAACAUUAAUGGACAACGCAAAAGAUGGUGUCAUAUACUUCAGUAUGGGAUCCACUUGGAACAGCAAGGACCUGCCAGAAUCAGUCGUGGAAGGGCUGGUGAAGAUGUUCGGAGAACUAAAGCAAACCGUCAUUUGGAAGUUCGAAGCCGAUUUGCCGAAUUUACCGAAGAACUUGCAUAUCACCAAAUGGGCUCCUCAGCCUAGUAUUUUAGCACAUCCCAACUGCCUGUUCUUCAUCACUCACGGUGGUCUCUUAUCAUCGACGGAGGCUAUCCACUUCGGAGUGCCCAUCAUCGGAGUUCCAAUCUUUUUUGACCAGUUCAUCAACAUCAACAAAGCGCUGUCCAAGGGAUACGCCCUUAAAGUAAACCUGAAUUAUGAUUUGCCCAGAAAUCUGAAGACUGCUAUACAAACAAUGCUAAGUGAUUCGAAGUACAGAAAACAAGCAAAAGAACUAUCCUCGAUCUACCACCACCGUCCCGUGCCCCCUGGUCAAGAGAUGGUGCACUGGGUGACGCACGUCAUCCGCACUGGUGGGGCACCCCAUCUGAGGUCACCCGCGCUAAACAUGGCGUUCUACCAGAAGAUGUAUUUGGACUUCGCUGCGUUGGUAUCAGUAAUUGUUGUAGCAGUUGUUUUGGUAGUAAAGAAAUUGUGUGGGGGAAGAAAAGCUGUGGCGAAAGAGAAGAGGAACUGAUGAUAGUUUCAAUAUAAGUUUUUUAAGUCUCGAUGUUUGUUUUUGUUUUAGGUAAGUUGAAGUUUUGUGUCUGUCUAUUAAAGUUCUUAUCUUUAUGAA